AAGAGUUUUAAGAAGAGAGAGAGAGAGAUCCAAUAGAAAGAAUUUAAAAAAAUGAUCAAGUUAAGGUCAAAGAGGCUAUUCAGAAGCAGAUCUAAGCUUAGCACUGGUGGCGCCACCCAUGGUGACGGUGGAGCCGCCAUAAAGGGCUGCAAAGUCAAUGGUGGUGAGAUCAAAUGGGAACUACGUCCAGGAGGUAUGCUUGUUCAAAAGAGAGAUUAUAAAGUAAGUGACAACGAGGUGAUGAUCACAAUUAAAGUCUCUACAGUCUCCCAAUGGCAUGAUAUAUCUGUCCAAGCAACUUCAACUUUUGGGGAAUUAAAGAUUAUUUUGUCAAUAUUAACAAAUUUGGAACCAAAAGAGCAAAGGCUGUUAUUCAAAGGGAAAGAAAGGGAAGACAAUGAAUAUUUGCACAUGGUUGGGGUAAGAGACAAAGACAAGGUUCUGAUGUUAGAAGAUCCGGCCAUCAAAGAGAGGAAGCUUGUCGGGUUGUCGGGGCGCCAAGUGAUCGGGUCACCUUAUCGAACCAUCACUGUCUAAUUAAUCAAAUUAAUUAGUAGAUAUUAAUUUACUAUCUUAUAAUUUGUUGAAUUAACUAACUGUAAAAGUUAUCAAGUGUAAUGAUGAAUAUUUUAUAAAAUUGUGGAGGCGAGGGACGUUAUUUGUAUUAUUCCCUUGUUAGCUGACCAGCCACAUUUAUUUGAUGUAAUCGGGUCAUCAUUUCCGCAUUUUCGUUUAAGACUGUUGGAUGAAAAUAAAGAACAAAUUUUAGGAA